AUGGCUGACAUCACUGAGCCACGCCACACUCACCCACCGAAUGCAAACAAACACCUGGGCUUGCCUGACCUGCAAGGACAAAAUCAGCGGUGCUCUCGGGCCAAGAAAGCAGAGGACAACAAACUCCUCCAGGAAACCUGCGAAGCUCAAGAGUGGGCUGCAGUCGAGGGGUUGCAGCAGCUUGCUGCCAUGCAGGAAGAGAUGAAGGAGGCAGAGGUGCAAAGCAUGACGAAGAAGCCAAAGGCAGUAAAACCCUGCGCUCGCCCUGUCAAGAAAAAGGCAGCUCCUCCUCCAGCAGAUAAGAAGUUCCUGGCAGCAGAAAACAGUGAGAGCAGGUUGCAAAAGUUCGGACAACACAGAUGCGAGAUCAAAACCAAGAAGAAGACCAAGAAGGACACGUCUCUUAUCAAGGAUGCAGCUCGAGGUUCGCAGUCAGGGGCAUGUGUUGAAGACAAGAAAGGAAAGUCUUCUACUCUGACGACAAAUUCCAAGUUUUCACUGGCAGGGUGCAUCAAGGGUUGGGCUUCAAACAUUGUACCAGACUCAACUGAUUGGCCCAUGUCAAGUGCUUCCAAGUCUCAUACCGUGGCCUCAGCAUUGUCCUUGGCACAUGGGCCACCAAGUAGCACUUUGUCUGGUUCCGGUGCUAUGUCAGUGUCAGGUGUAACCACCAGCAGCCUGCAUAAAAUUCCCCCUGUCACUGCUAACACUACUGAGGCUCUUGUUGGUGGCUUUGGCGAUGAGCUUUUGGGUGAUUCAGAAGAACACCUGGAUGCCAUCCUCUCAAAGCCAUCUGCAAUUAAGAUUGCAGAUACGCUGACCGAGCUUACUGACAACACCGACUUUGAGAUCAAUGCGCCAAUGGAUGUAGAUGACAACAUGCAGACAGAUGCAGACAACAAUGCACCAACAGAUGCAGACAACAACACGCCAACAGAUGUGGACAGUGACACACCGAUGGACGCAGAUGACAAUCCACUGAUGGAAGACAACAACGACUUGUAUGUUGGUGAUGGGGCCCAUAAGUCUGAGAACAGUGACAGCCAGAGCAGUCUCACAUUUCGCUGCCCGACGAACCAGAAGCGCAAGGUUGUGGGUACCAAAUGCCCCAUCCAAGUCUUCAAGGAUUCAUCAGACGAAGAUGAUGAUAUUGAGGUCUUGGAUGUGGAUCCUCGUCUUACUAAGCCUAUGGGCUCUGUUGGAACAGCCAAAACAGCGAAGAAGGCUGUACAUUUGACAUCCUCAACUUCCAUUGGCAUCUCCAAGUCGUCCACGACAGUGCAUCCGCCUGUGAAGAAGGUCAAAACCGAAGAAGGGGUCAAUGACACUGCACCAAAAUCAACACUUGUAGCAUUGCCUGGUCACUGGAUCGAGGCGCAGUAA